AGCAGCCCUACUGGAGCACAGUUCAGUUAGCGACGUAGCAGAGUUUCAGUCACACGCACCAUGAACAACUUCACCUUGAUAACAGCUUUACUUCUCUGCAGCUGUAGCUGGAUCUCUGUCUCAGCUUCUGAGUCUCUCACUGUGGAGGUCCAGUCUGGUGGAAACGUCACUCUGAUGUGCUCCAACAUGUCCAAAUUCUCUGGAGAUGUGACAUUCUGGUUCAGACUGGGAACCGCAUCCGAUGUCGGCUGUGUGUCUGUCAUGUUCAAUGCUGACACAGUUAAAUAUUGUGAGGGAUUUCAAAAUGGAAACUUCAACAUGAGUACCAACAGCUCCACUCUAUUUCUCCAAAUCAAACAAGUGAAUGUAUCUGACUCUGGACUGUAUUUCUGUGGAUUUUACACCAGUGGGAUUCUACUUUUAAGUGUGACACAUUUAAAUGUUGAAGCAGAGUCUGACGGAACAGCAAAGCUGAUGAGUGGGAUCCUGGGAGUUCUGACUGUUCUCCUCUUAAUGAUCAUCAUUGGUCUGGUUGUUAAAAUCAGGAAACUUCAGACAGCUGCCAAUGAAGAACAGAAUCCACAACAGCCUGAGAACCGGGCCUCUGAAGAGGUGAACUACGCAGCUGUGGCUUUCCGUCCAAAAACAAGAAAGAAAAGAGAAGUGGAGCCCAAUGUUGUGUAUGCUUCUACUAGAUAGACUCAGGAAGCAACGAGAAAAGCUGUUUAGAGUACAACUUUAUCAUAUAAUCAUUAGACAUUGUUAUUGUUGACUUAAUAGCUGUGUGUCUAUACUAGUUUUGGGGAAAUGAAAAAAAAGAUACAGCGGCAAUUCCGUUUUACAGUUUACUUUUGAACUAUAUUUGUCUCUUAUAUGACCACAAGAUCAGGCUAAAGACUCAAAGCCAAACUAACCAAUGUAAGUUUCUCUCUGCCUGCAAACUGCAUAGGCCUACUGCGCCUGUCCUAACACUCUUAAUUAACAAUAUUUUAGCAAACAUGAUCUUUUUUAAAGUGCUUUUUACUCAUGUGUCUCAUCUCACUCUCUCUGUAUUUCAAAAAGAUUGGUAGAGUUUUUUUUUUAAAUAAAUAUGUCUUGACACCCACAUGCCCAUUGUUGCAGUUUGAACUGUGGUCACAAACGGAAGGCUAUCAGGGAGUUAUCUGUCUCUGUAUCUUUACACUUCAGACAGACUUGAACGCUGCUGCAUUAUCUUGAGCAUCUAUCAAACUUAUGAAAAGACGCCUGAAGCGGUGUGACACUCUCACAUCCUCAUGUGAAAGCUUUCACGUGUUUAAGACAUGACCGACUACUACUCUGUCCUCUCAAUGCAGCUGCCUGCAUGUUACUGAAAAAACGUCAAUUACACGUUGUAAAUAAUCCCAGGACGGUAGUUACUAAAAAAGAGUCUACCUGUCCUA